AUGGCAUUUAGCCAGAAGGCAGAUCUAGUGAGCCACUGUCCCAUGGCAUUUAGCCAGAAGGCAGAUGUAGUGAGUCACUGUCCCAUGACAUUUAGCCAGAAGGCAGAUGUAGUGAGUCACUGUCCCAUGACAUUUAGCCAGAAGGCAGAUGUAGUGAGUCACUAUAGGAGGAGGCACACAGGAGAGAAACCCUACAGUUGUCAGGUGUGUGAUGCAGAUUUUGUCAGCAGCUCCGACCUCAGGGGACACGAGCGGAGGAAGCAGGUGAGCGGCCACACAGGUGAGCGGCCACACAGUUCAGAGUUGAAGAGUCACCAAAAGAGAAAACAUGCGGGGGUCAAACCAUUCAUGUGCGCCACCUGUGGGGUCAAACCGUUCACGUGCGCCACCUGUGGGGUCAAACCGUUCAGUGCGCCACCUGUGGGGUCAAGUUCACCACUGGAGCCAGCACGAGGGAACAUGAGAGGCGGCGCCACGCAGGUGAGAGGCCGUACAGGUGAGAGGCCGUACAGGUGUGAUGUGUGUGGUCUGGAGUUCUAUGACAGUUCCAGCCUGAAGGUGCACGCCAGGCAACACACAGGUGAGAAACCCUACGAGUGCCAGGUGUGCAGCCUGCUGUUUGCCUGCAGUGCGCAUCUCAGGUCCCACCACAGGAAGUCACACAACGUCGACCGGCCGUUUAAGUGUGACCUUUGCCCUAAAGCUUUCUUCAUCCAGUCCAGCCUGGCUGCACACAAGCGCAGGCACGCAGGCGACAAGCCACAUAGGCACGCAGGCGACAAGCCCCACAGGCACGCAGGCGACAAGCCCCACAGGCACGCAGGCGACAAGCCCCACAGGCACGCAGGCGACAAGCCCCAUAGGUGCGCCUACUUCAACAUGGCCUUCAACUCCAACUCUGACAUGAAAAGCCAUGAACGCAGGCGGCACACGGCAGAGAAGCCGUUCCAGUGCAAGUUUUGUAGCCAGGUUUUUGUGGACCGGCAGGAGCUCCGGCUCCAUGAGCAGAAACACACAGGGGUCAGGCCGUACAAGUGUGACCUUUGCCCUGAGACCUUCCCUGUCAGCUACGACCUCAAGUCUCACCUAUGUAAAGUCCAUGGGAAGGAAAAGCCAUUUAAAUGUCAGCUUUGUCCUAUGGCUUUUAUCUGUAAAUCCCAUCUAAAAGUCCACCAAAGAAAACACACAGGAGAAAAACCAUACCACUGUGGCAUUUGUUCCCAGGGAUUUACCAACAGCCAUGACAUGAAAAGCCAUCAGCGCGGGAUGCACACAGGGGAAAAGCCAUUCCACGCCACCCACCUGCUCAAGAAGCACCAGAGGACAAGCCACGCCCCUGAGAAAGGCCAAAAGUGCCAACAGUGCAGCAGCGCCUUCUACCUGCCCUCUCACCUGAAGAAACACGUGCGGACACACACAGGUGAGAAGCCAUUCACCUGCAGCUAUUGCCACAAGGCUUUCUACAGCAGCUACGAGCUGACCAUCCAUCAGAGGAGGCAACACAUGGGGGAGAAGCCCGUCAGCUGUCAGUUUUGUGGGGAGGUCUUUGUGGACAGGUCCAGGCUCAAGGCAGGGAAUGUGAUGUCACUACAGGCGUUCUUCCUGCUGUUUGUUCUACCUGCACAGGUCACAGGUGUCAGCACGACCAUCGGCGACUACUUCAUCCUCCAGUACCCCAAGACGAUGGCGAGCUACGACAUCGGCGACACCAUCGUACUGGCCUUCACCUUGUCCAACGUCGAGGUCAAGGUCGAGCUGACGUCACCACACAACAACAACAAGAGGAAGGACCGGAAGUUCACGCUGAGCAGGAGUAUCAUACAGACGACAAGUUUUGGUCAGACGCACAGGAUGAUGGAGAGCGGGGUCAAGUCGAGCAUCGUCCUGAGGGGGGACGGGAUGUUUGGUGUGUGUGUUGAGCUGUUCCCUGAGACCUACACGAUGGACACGUUCCAGGUCCUUCCAGUCUCAGGCUUCGGCACCACCUACCUGGCCUUCACCCUGCCGUUUAACCCGUCAAUCAUCGUGUUGGCCGCCGAGACGACAGACGUGACCUUCCAGCUCAAGAUGCCCACACGCCAGUACACGCUGACCCUGGAGGGGCGGGACUACACCCAUGGCUCCACCCUCACUGUCUCGCUAGAGAAGGAACAGUCCUACUUCCUACAGCUGUGUGAGGAGUUGAGUGAAGAGGACCAGGACCUUACAGGUACCACCAUCACAGGCACGAGACCUAUUGGUGUCGUGUCCGGCAGUUGUAGCGGCAGGACCUUAAAGAUUGACUGCAGCAUUGACCUGAGGACCAGGGACAUUGCUGCAGAGAUGCUGAUGCCAGUAGACACGUACGGUAAAGAUUUCAUCGUCAUCGACAUCAUCGGACGUAAGUUACGUGGUUACGUCACGGUGAUGGCGUCACAGCCCGACACAACCAUCACGGUGUGGAAAGAUGGCGGCAAGCAGGACGUACAGAUAGCUAAUGCUGGGGACACAAUGGCGCUGACCGACUACGGCCGGCAGCCGAGGAAGAUUGUGACGAACAAACCGGUCUCCUGCUUCUACAUGCAGUCCUCCAACUGUGAGCCGGUCGACCGGAACGGCGACACGGCCGUCAGCAUCCUGGUGCCGACCGUCCUGUUCUACAACUCCUACGUCUGGAACUCCAUCUCUGACCGUGACCUAGAAAUAUUCAAUUACGUCACAUUCGUCAUGCAGGUCAACGACAGGGAUCACCUGCGUGUGGACGACACUCCUCUCAAGACCAUCGAGUGGGCGAACGUUGAGGGCGACGCCGACUGGUCGGUGGGCGGCAGCUCCAUGACCUACAACUAUCACCGCGCCUACGCCACCACGGGGGCGUCGUUUGGCUGCUACGUGUAUGGCCUGGCGCCCUCCAUCAGCUACAUCCACCCCGCUGGCUACAUGGCUUCCCUCAUUAACUCGCAAUGCCAGCAGACGGUGAGCGACAUGAAGGCGGGAGAUUUGAUCGACAACGACUGCGACAGUCACGUGGACGAGGAAAUAAAAAACGGUCAAGAUGACGACAACGAUGGUCAAGCUGACGAGGAUCUGGUCACAGACGCUUGUCGUGAGAAUCAGGGGACCGACUGUGCAGAAGUGGUGAUACAGCAACCAGUGGUGACACAACCACCAGUGGUGACACAACCGGAUGUGGUGACACAGCAGCCAGCACCGUGUGAGGGAGGGGACUGUGCCACUACCCAAGCUAGCUGUCCCGCAGGCAAGUACGGCGAUAACUGCGAGAAAGCCUGCAGCAACUGUGCCACAGCCUGCGACAGGCGGACAGGCGCCUGCAGGGAGUGUAAGCCUGGCUGGCGCUUCCCACAGAGCUCCUGCAAGACCCCCUGCCCUGUCAUGACCUUUGGCAGCAGAUGUUCGGGUUCCUGCGACAGCAAGUGUAGCGGUCAAGACUGUCUAGACCGUGUGGAGGGCAAAUGUCAAGGUGCUUCCUUCAACUGGCUGUACCUGCUGUUGCUGUUUGCGGCUGUACCCAUUGGCCUGAUGCUGUACCUCUUCAGCAAGGUCAAGAAACGCGGCGGGUACCAGUUUGGUGAGAGCGAAAUGCCGGAGGAGAAAGUUCCAGAGCCAGUGGCACCUGAGGUGGCUCCAGACACGGAGGAGGGGGGCGAGGAGGAGGAGGACUAG